AUGGAGCUGGACCCUCCGCACCAGCCCUACUUCUUCGAGGCCGACCCGCAGGCCGAGGCCUUCCACCCCUCCAGCGCGCCCAGCGAGGACAUCUGGAAGAAGUUCGAGCUGGUGCCGCCGCCGCCCCUGCUGCCGGCCGCCGGCCCGGCCCGCGACGAGGCGGACGGCCUGCUGGAGGCCGGCCGCGGCGGGCGGCUGGGCAACCUGAGCGCCUUCGUCCUGCGCGACUGCAUGUGGAGCGGCUUCUCGGCCCGCGAGCGGCUGGGCAAGGCGCUGGGCGAGAAGUGGGCCGGCCCCGCCGCCGCCGCCGCCGCCUCCAAGCCCUCCUUCGCCUCGGACCUGGCGCUGGGCGGCGAGUGCGUGGACCCCGCCGCCGUCUUCCCCUGCCCCCCGCCCGACGGCAAAGUGCCGCCGGCCUCGUCCGGCUCGGAGAGCCCGAGCGACUCGGAAGGAGAAGAAAUAGACGUGGUGACGGUGGAAAAGAGGCAGUCGUUGGGGGUGAGGAAGCCAGUCACCAUCACAGUGCGGGCAGACCCCUCGGAUCCAUGCAUGAAAUGUUUCCACAUCUCGAUCCACCAGCAGCAACACAACUAUGCAGCCCGCUCCCCUCCAGAGGCUGGCUCCCAAUUGGCGACAUCGGCGAAGGACACCCAGGAGGAGGAUGGUGCUGACCAGAUGUCCCCGGGGCAAGUGGUGGAGAGUUUCUCCCCCCACCCUUUCCUCCCCAAAUGUGGGAGCGCUCCCAGUUCAGACAGUGAAGAUGUGAACAAGCGGAAAAACCACAACUACCUGGAGCGCAAGCGGCGCAAUGACCUUCGCUCACGUUUCCUGGCACUGAGGGACCAGGUGCCUGGCCUUGCCAACUGCCCCAAAACUCCCAAGGUGGUGAUCUUGAGUAAAGCGGCAGAAUAUCUGCAAUCCCUUCUCAGCACAGAGCAGCAAAUGGUGGCAGAGAAGAAGUGGUUGAAGCUGAAGCAGCAUCAGCUGCUGAAACAGAUUUCACACCUCAGGGGGGUUCAUUAG